AUGACCACUUCUUCUAUCAGCAACGACAUUCAAAAGUCCAUUAAUCUUGCAUAUCGCGUGCAGCUCGGCUUCAAUACAGGACCACAGAGGUUCCAGGAGCAUCUCCUAGGGGUUCUUAUCAUUGCUCUUCGUGGUAUCAGGAGGCAUUUUUUGGAACUGGGCUUAGCACAGUCUCAAAUACGGGAGCUACAAGGCUUGUUGAUUGAAUGCCACGCAACCUUGAAUGAUCAACAGGAUGCACUUACAGAUCAAGCGCUUUGCAUUGCCAUUUUGGAUCGCUUAGAUGAGCUAUCGGAUUUUUAUGACAGCCUUGAUAGUGAGCCAUCUCCGGAGAAUGGGGGUGAUGAUAAUUUUCAAAUUCGCUACUCGGCAUUGGAUAGCAAGGACUUCCAAGAGCUCCAGGCCAUUCUGGAUUGGUUAAUUUCUUCAUCCCUAAUAUCCAAGCACGAAGAUUGCAUUGCUCAGCGACACGAAGGCACUGGUCCAACAUCCCGGGUCAUGGGGAAUAUUUCAGAAGAGAUUGUGGGAGAUGAUUUUGAAGAUUUUGAUAUACACGCAAAUGACCAGGAUGUGCGAAGCUAUCUGACAAAACAACUUUCGCAAACACCAAAUUUAGCACGACGCCCUGACUUGUGCGACCAUAUAAUCACUGAGAUUAUUGAAAAAUCAGCAAAGAUGUUUCUUCUGGCGAAAUCUUUACUGAAUGAGUUCGUGGACAGCACUUGUCGCCGGGGUAUACAGGAUACCAUAGCUACACUCUCAGAACGCACCAAUAAAAUUAAUUGGCUCUAUGAUGAUGCCAUGAAAAGAGUCAAAAGCCAGGGGUACAACUUCCAAAACCUCGCAGUGAGGGUACUCGCGUGGCUCACCUUUGCUCGGAGGCCUUUGAAGGUCGAAGAGCUCCAGUAUGCCCUAGCAGCGGAAACUCAGGUGUUGACAAUUGACAUUGAUAGGUUUCCGAAUGCCCUGUCGAUAACUUCGGUUUGUGCGGGCUUGGUGAUGGUAGAUGAAAAGAGCCAGUGCUUUUGCUUCACACACUAUACCAUCAAGGAGUAUCUCGAGAAUUCGGUUAAUGAUUGGUACCCGGAAGCAAAGAACUAUGUCGCAAGAACUUGCAUCAAGUACCUAUCUCUUCCCACGUUCAGGGAUGGGCAUCUCUUUAUUUCAUCAAAGUACAAAGACGACAAAUAUGAUUUCUAUUCUUAUACCGCGACGAACUGGGGACACCAUGUUUUAGAUGGAACACUCUCCUACCAAUCUGAGGUCAUCCCUUUCAUGAAGUCGAAAAACGCAAAAGAAAGUAUUCGAGUCAUGAAACCUCAAGUCACGAAUGUCUCUUUGGUGCACCUCAUUGCCCAUUUUGGACUUGACGACAUCGUUCCCCUGCUUACGCAACAAGACAGAACUGGACUUAAUUCCAAAGACAGUGAGGGAAACACACCACUGGCCUGGGCGACUUCUCAAGGUCACGAGAACAUGGUAAAGGUUUUACUCUCAAUGGGUGUCGAUGUUGAUUCAAAGGAUCAUUCUGGAGCAACUCCUUUAUCCAAGGCUGCGUGUAAUGGCCAUAGUGAAACAGUCAAGUUGCUUCUAGAAUAUGGCGCUGCAUUGGAAGCAGAAGACUACGAGGGAAUGACUGUCUUAUCCCGUGUGGCCAAAUCUGGAGAUGUGAAUAUGAUGCGACUGCUGCUAGCCAAUGGUGCAAGGCUGGACACAACCUGUCGUGAAGGAUGGACGCCCAUCUUCUACGCCGCAGCAUCUGGCCACGAGGAAAAAGUGCAGAUGCUGACCGAGGAAUACGAGGUUGAUGUGUUGUCUGAAGAUUACGUUGGUCGGACACCAAUAUUUAUUGCCACUAUGGAGGGACAUAAAGCGAUGGUGGGGAUGUUUAUCGACCGAUAUAACGUUUCGCCAGACUGGGAUGAUGAGGAAGGCCGUUCUUUGGUUUCAUACGCAGCCGAGGGAGGCCACACGGCUAUAUUCAAGCUCCUGUUAGAAAAACAUUUUCUUCGGGCUGAUGGAAAAGACUCCGCUGGUCGAGACGCUUUGUCUUGGGCAGCGAGGUAUGGCCGCCUCGAUCUUGUUCGACUUUUUAUCGACAAUUAUAAAGUCGAUCCAAACUCAAGGGAUGUGGAUGGGCGGACCGCAUUGAUGUGGGCAGCCUAUGAUGAUUAUGACGAAAGCAGUGCAAAAGGCCGUCAUGAGGUGGUUCAGGCAUUAGUGGAAGAAUACAAUGUUGACAAGGAGCCAAAGGAUGGGUUUGGCGAUACUGCACUCUCAUUUGCCAUGCAGAAUGGUGAUGAGGAGAUGGUGAAAUUACUCACCAAAUCCUGAUGCUGCUUUGGUACUUUCUUUGGACAUAUGGUGAAGCUUGGAGUUUUACUUAUUUUGAUCUUGUGCAUUUUGGCUAGAUAUGCCCUGGAGAUUUUGCAUACUAUCGCUGGAGUUUUGUUUCUUUUCAGGUUUUGAUGAAAGCAAACCAGGAAACCGUGGCGUCUAGUUCUUCUAUCCAAAAAAAAAUGUAUUUACUGCAGUCUUUAGUUUCGAAUGAUACAAUUCAAAACCUUU